AAAUUAAUAUAAUUGACAUUACUUGAUCAAAAAAAUCAAAUAAUACUUUGGUUGAAAAAUGUAAUGAAAAACGUGUGUUAAGAAUUUUUCGAUCUCACUCCUUAAUAGUGCUUAUGAGUGAAAUAUGAACAUAUAAGCUUUUUCUGAAAUGGGUUAAACGAGGUCCGACUUAACAAAAUUGUUUGAUGGGUCCGUUUGUAUGAGGUUUAAAAUUUUCACGAAAGUUUUAAGAUUUUUUUUUCACUCGUGGUUUACUAUUUCUUUGAAUUGCCCAUAUCAUAUUACAAAUAUAAUAUUUAUGUUCUCUUUAUUUUUUGCACCGUACACCACUAUUGUGGGGACCAAGCAUAAGUUUGACCUAUACUCCUAUAUAAAGCCCGACUUUACUUUCUUACCUGUUUAUAAUUUAUGUUCGUUUUUAGUUGUCGAGUUGUGUGGCGUUUGUUAGAACCAAUAUAAAACUUAUUAGAUUUGUUUCCGUUUUUAACAACAGAAUUUUUUAGAAGCAUUUUUUGUGCAAAGCAUUUUAAAUAACAUAAGUACACAUUUAUUUAUAAAUCUACAUAUAUACAUACGGAUAUUGCUGUAUACUUUUAGUUUAUUAUUCAUUACCUUUCUUGGUCAUACAUUAACCAUCUAAACCGUUUGAAAGUAAAUUCAAAAUCCAUACGUAGAAUGUUUAGGUUUUACGAGCCUAAACAGUUUCGAAGUGUGUUAAAAAACGUAUAAAUAAUGUAAAAAUUCAAUGAAUAUUGAAUAUUAUAAAUUAAAUAUUUAUUAUUCCGGAAAUCCUGCCAUUUAAGAAUUUAUAGUUGCUUCCCUUACAAUUUGACGAAGUGGUUCACUAACGCUUAAAGUCGAAUAUUUCCUGUAUUCUUUAAAUCUUAUUUUACAGAUGUGCAAUAAAUUUACGUCGAAGUUUUGGACAGCUUUGUGAAUUUGUCUCUCGUGGUACGAACUUAUCGGUAUUGUUUGAAUACGAUUUAAGUACCUACAUAUAUAUUUUCCAUGGUGACAUGGUGCCAAUUGAACUCCUUUCAUUGACCGUCCGUAAUAGAUAUUUUUGUGCUUAUCGAGCCUGAUGUCACAAAUGGAUUGCUUCUGUUAUUACAACUGUAUUUUCCAUGGUGGCAUGGCGCCAAUUCGAGCCGGAUUUCACAAUGUAUAGUUUCUUUUAUUACAACUGCAAAUGACUUGCCAUACAAGAAAUGUCUUGUGGAAUUUAGUUUGUUUGUACGUCCAUCAACCCGGAUUUAGUAAAAUCUUUAAUCGUAACAGUUGUUUGACUAUUUUUAUGAAAGUCCAUCUUGAUUUUUUUUAGAAAUUUUGACCGAAAUAACAGUUGAAAAUAAAUGAUUUAGAAAAGCUGUGUCGAUGUAGAUGUUCAUAUGUAUCUAAAAGAAAAAAUGAUUUGUUUAUGUGUCAAAUUCUUUAUAUUAUGCGGAUGUGUAAGCCCAACAUUUUUGGGUGUUACAAUCAUUAGCACAUAAGCCAUUAAUUCAAGCGUUCACACAAUUCCUUUGGCCCAAUAGUCCCUGUUGCAGCAAUAAACAUUGUUAAAAGUUGUGUUUUACCACAUAAUUAUUAACAACAUUUUUAGAAAAAAAAACGAAAUUUUCAAUUGUUUUAAUUUUUAAUUUAGCCUUUUGCAAAAAAAAAAAUCUAGAAUGCAUUUUAACUCUUCACUAUCUAAAACGCAUAGCUAUUGAUAUUCAUAAAAUUUUCAAUAUGGAAUAUGUCCAGGUUUAGUUUCCAUUUCGAAUUUUUAUGUCUAUGUUAAAGUUUUUUCUGGAUUGCAUAAACACAGUUAUGGAUACAUUAUCUCUUUUUAUACCUACCAAUAUGAGGUAAACUGAUUUUGUGAUUUCGCAUGUAACUCAUCGUAGACUCAUAAAAGUUCAUACAUUCAUAUAUUCUGUGUCCUUAUAAUAUCCUACGACACUGGUCAAAUACGAAUGUCUGUUGGAUGCGCUGUAUAAUGCAAAGGGGUAAAGCUAGGAUGAUGAAAUUUAUUCUGAAAAGUCCUUCCAGAAUAAAGUUUCAACUCUUAUAAAUAUGCAAUUGUAAUCAAAUAAUAAUAAAAUAUGGCGAAAAUUAUGUCUCAUUUGAAAAGUUGAAAAAGUUAGUUUAACGGAGAGUUCGGUACAUAAAUAACCUAAGUCCCACUAAAAGUACUCUUUCGAAAAUCACCCUAAUGCUUAUGUUUGUUAAUCCAAUCAAUAAGUUAAUCGUAAUAAAGAAUUCUGAAUAGAUCGAUAUUUUUAAGACCUCCUUCCAAAUUCACUUUAUUAUAUAUUUAUUAUAUUAUUUCUUCGACUGGAAAUCUUCUAAAAAAGGGUUGAACGGAAGACCAUCUACAUACAGUCCUUUUUAAAAGUAUUUUCAGAAUAAUAAAUCAAAUAAAAAAUAUUCUCAAAAAUUAUAUGUACUUUUAAUUUGAGAUUUGUGCGUGUGGAAACCACCAUUUUUAAAUUAAAUAUUUUUUAUAUUAAAUAUUGAAUUUUUUAUAUUGUUUAAACAUAUUUAAUUAUUUUUUCAUACAUUAUCAACGCAACGAUUGGGCAUCUCGUAUUUAACGUUGCCUUGCUGUCCGUCAAAGUAUUGUAUGUGUUUGAGCCUUAACUCUUUCACGCAUUUAAAAAUUAUCAAAAUAAAGUGUGUAGCGAACUCAUAUCAAAAAAAUUCAUGCGGUUAAGUUUUGAGCGGAAAAGAGUUAUGUUAUGAAAAUUACAGUUAGUUUUAUAUUAAAGUUUUAAAAUAAAAGAAUUUAUGCUUUUUUAUUUAUUGCAGACAACUUAGUGUAUCGUUAGAAUGAAAUAAACAUUAAUAAAAUAUACACUGCCAAUAAAUGAUUUGAAAAUUGAUCAGCUCCUACUUCGUAUUAAAUGAUAAAUAAUGUGUUAUUUAAUAAUAACUGGUGGAAGCCUGGUAUGGUUUCUUUUAACGUUAACAGCUGAUAUGUUUGUGAUUUCAGCUAUAGUAACGCCCAAAUGGCUAAUUGCUCCCGCCCCUCAUUCAAUUGUUAUACCCCGCGCUAUAGUAAACAUAAAACAAGAUGUACAAGGCGAGGUUGAAUCAUCUACUACGUCGUUGCGUUACCCAUCAGUUGGCAUUUACACUAGAUGUAAGUCCAUGAAAGAUAUUGGCUUUCAUUGUGGCCCUUUUGAUUUGGAUGGGUUUGCGACGGAUAGUGAAAUUUACCCUACAGCGUGGAAAGCCACUAUGUUUUUUAUUUCAUUGGGCUUUGUUAUAUUAUCUUUGACAGUUGUGUGCACCUUAGUGUCUUGUUGCCGACAGUCGAUUUUUGGUAAAAGUAUACACAAUAUGACAGCUUGUGCACAGGUUAUUGCAGGUAUAAGUGUUAUGAUGAGUUUAUUUCUUCAUCCAUUGGGUUGGUCAGCACAUCGAGUUCAGCUUUUAUGUGGUCCUGAUGCUGAGCCUUUCUAUGCUGCUGGUUGCUCUAUAGGAAUGUCAUUUUAUUGUGCGGUAGCUGGUGUAUUGCUAUGUUUUUUAUGCGCUGGAAUUAGUUUGAAAGCCGAAUCAUCGAAUAUGCGGUCACGAGUAAAAAGGCGCGUAGAAGGAGGUGACCGACUUGUAUGUAUUCCAUAGAACGUAUUAUUAAGAUUAUAAUAGCGAGUUAGUCACAAUAAAAAUACUAGUUGUGUUAUUUUCGAAAUUUAUAUACAUUUUCAGUACAAAUUUAAGGUGUAAAUUUCACAGGUAAAAACUUAAAAUUAAAAAAUAAGUAUGUAUACAAAAAAUAAAAGAGUAAAUAUAAAUAUUUUAUAGAAUGA